AUGGUGUUGGGUCGGCCUGAGAUUGCUGGUUUAGGACUGUAUGCAACCCUUGAUUUAGAGAAGGCACGGGUUAGGCGAACCAGAAAGAUUAAAAAUCAAAGUUUCAACCCUCGUUCAGAAGGCCCGCGUUACGAGCCCCGAAGAUGUUGGGAGGACAUCUUUGAUGCAAUCAGCAAUGCCAAACAUUUGAUUUAUAUAACUGGAUGGUCGAUUUACACUAAAAUCUCCUUGGUAAGGGAUCCAACGAUGCCCAAGCCAGGAGGAGAGAUCAUACUUGGUGAACUGUUGAAAAAUAAGGCAGAUAAGGGGGUGAAUGUCCUUAUGCUUGUUUGGGAUGAUAGAACUUCAGUGGAGGCACUGAAGAAGGAUGGUUUAAUGGCUACAGAUGACAAAGAGACUGGAGAUUACUUCCAAAACACAAAAUUUCAUUGUGUGUUGUGUCCACGUAAUCCAGACGAUGGAAAGAGCAUAUUUUAG